GAAGCAGGAGGUGACGCCGAAAACGUCGGUGAUCGCGUCAAAAUGACGUUGUCGAUCCUGGCGCUGCUCGGCUUGAUCCUGGCGACCGCCGGUGCCGAGCUAAGUUCGAGGAUCGUCAGAACUAAGUACGGCGAGCUAUCGGGGGUGAUCGUUACCCUUGAUCGAUAUCUCGAAGGUGUCGAGGUAUUCCGCGGCGUACCUUAUGCCUCGCCACCGAUUGGCUCAUUACGUUUCAUGCCGCCCGUCACCGGUGCCCUUUGGCAGGGCGUUAAGAUCGCUGAUAAAUUUGGACCCGUUUGUCCUCAAAAGCUACCGGAGCUCAGUGACAAGAUGCCCAAGGGCAGAGUAGAAUACCUCAGGCGGCUGCUGCCCUACCUCAAGAACCAAAGCGAGGAUUGCCUAUACCUCAACAUUUAUGCGCCUGUUCAAGGUAAAUUUUCUGUUUUCCUUUUUUCACGGUGA